AAGAAGAAGAAGAAGAAGUAAACACCGUCGCGGGCCAUUGACGUCAUCAGCCGAGUGCGGAGGAGGCUUUGAAGCGGAUUUGUUGGAUUAACAGCUGUUACUGAAACACUGAAAGACGCGUCAUAGUGCUGAGAUCAGACAAACAAUACAAACACAGAAGAAGACGGACCAGACAAACAAUACAAACACAGAAGAAGACGGACCAGACAAACAAUACAAACACAGAAGAAGACGGACCAGACAAACAAUACAAACACAGAAGAAGACGGACCAGACAAACAAUACAAACACAGAAGAAGACGGACCAGACAAACAAUACAAACACAGAAGAAGACGUCAGGAUCCACCGCGAGGAGACGCUGAAAAACGGUUUCCUUGACAACGGACCCCCCUGUAUGAGUGCCGGUGUUGUCCAGCGUCCAUCAUGUCGCCCGUGGAGCCGAGCGGUGGGAAGUGGCUGGACGCUCACUACGACCCGGUGGCGGGUCUGCACACCUUCUCGUCCUGCGUGGACCUGGCGGACCUGAGCGGGGACGGGGAGAGCCGGCUGGUGGUGGGGGACCUGGGCUCCGGCUCGUCGGGGGGGGGCAUGAAGCUGAAGGUCUACCGGGGCACGGCGCUGAUGAGCGAGAGCACCCUGCUGGACCUGCCCGCUGGCCUCGUGGCCUUCUUCAUGGACCUCCACGAGCCGCGCAUCCCUGCCGUGGCCGUGGCGUCCGGACCCUGCGUCUACGUCUACAAGAACCUGCGGCCGUACUUCAAGUUCACGCUGCCCGGCCUGGAGGUCAACUCCCUGGAGCAGGACGUGUGGCAGCAGGUGAGGGAGGGUCAGAUCGACCCCCUGACCUUGAGGGAGAUGUUGGAGGGCAUCAGGAAGAAGGCCGACGUCCAGCUGUCCGUCCGCUCGCUCCGCUUCCUGACCCUGGAGACUGGCGACAUGGACGAGUUCGUCCAGCUGCACAAACAGCAGCCAAUCAGACGGCAGACCGUCAUAACCUGCAUCGGGACUCUGAAGAAGAGCACGGCCGAUGAGGAUGGCGUCAGCUGUCUGGUGAUCGGCACGGAGAGCAGCGACGUCUUCGUCCUCGACCCCGAGGCCUUCAUCAUCCUCUCCAAAAUGUUGCUGCCGGCCGCUCCCACCAUGAUGGACGUGACAGGUCAGUUCGACGUGGAGUUCCGCAUCACGGUGGCAUGUCGCAACGGCAACAUCUACAUCCUGCGCAGGGAGUCGGACAAACCCAAGUACAGCAUCGAGCUGUCGUCUCACCCGGUGGGUCUGGUGAGGGUCGGCAAGAACGUGGUGGUCGGCUGCAGCGACGAGAGCCUGCAGGGCUUCACUCAGAAGGGGAAGAAGCUGUGGAAGGCCUUCCUCCCGGCACCCAUCACGACCAUGGCUGCCAUGGACCUCCCCACCAGGGGCUUCCAGGCGGUUCUGUUGGGCCUGGCCAACUGCGAGGUCCACCUGUACCGGGACAAGAAUCUGCUGAGCACCAUCAAGACGCCUGACGUGGUCAGCAGCAUCUGUUUCGGCCGGUACGGACGCGAGGACGGGACCCUGAUCGUGACCACCAAGGGAGGGGGUCUGAUGGUGAAGAUCCUGAAGAGGACCGCGGCCUUCGACGACCGUGACGGGGCCCCCGGGCCGCCGCUGGCCCAGAGCAUCCGGCUCAACGUUCCCAAGAAGACCAAGCUGUACGUGGACCAGACGCUGAGGGAGCGUGAGAGCGGGCUGUCGAUGCACCGCGCCUUCCAGAUGGACCUGAGCCGCUUGCGCCUGGCCGCCGCCAAGUCCUACGUCGAGGCCCUGGAGUCCAGCCUGACGCCGAUGUCCUCCAGCCUCACCGAGCCGCUCAAGAUGAACGCCGUGGUGCAGGGCCUGGGCCCGUCCUUCAAGCUGACCCUGAACGUUCAGAACACGGCGGCGUGCCGGCCCGUCAUGAACCUGGCCGUCAGCUUCCUGUACGACGAGAGCCUCUACAGGAUGAGGAACCCGUACAUGAGGAUCCCCCUGCUGGUGCCCGGACUCAUCUACCCCGUCGAGACCUUCGUGGAGUGCACCAGCGACAAGGGCAUCUCUGACAUCAUCAAGGUGUUCGUGCUGCACGAGGGGCGGAGCUCCCCGCUGCUGACCGCGCACAUCAACAUGCCUGUCAGCGAGGGACUGACCGUCAACUGACAACAUGACGCUUCAACUUCAUUCGUCAAUGACUCCAAACAUUGAGGGACUGACCAUCAACUGACAACACGACACUUCAACUUCAUUCGUCAAUGACUCCAAACAUCGAGGGACUGACCAUCAACUGACAACAUGACGCUUCAACUUCAUUCGUCAAUGACUCCAAACAUCGAGGGACUGACCGUCAACUGACAACAUGACGCUUCAACUUCAUUCGUCAAUGACUCCAAACAUCGAGGGACUGACCGUCAACUGACAACAUGACGCUUCAACUUCAUUCGUCAAUGACUCCAAACAUCGAGGGACUGACCAUCAACUGACAACAUGACGCUUCAACUUCAUUCGUCAAUGACUCCAAACAUCGAGGGACUGACCGUCAACUGACAACAUGACGCUUCAACUUCAUUCGUCAAUGACUCCAAACAUCGAGGGACUGACCGUCAACUGACAACAUGACGCUUCAACUUCAUUCGUCAAUGACUCCAAACAUCGAGGGACUGACCGUCAACUGACAACAUGACGCUUCAACUUCAUUCAUCAAUGACUCCAAACAUCGAGGGACUGACCGUCAACUGACAACAUGACGCUUCAACUUCAUUCGUCAAUGACUCCAAACAUCGAGGGACUGACCGUCAACUGACAACAUGACGCUUCAACUUCAUUCGUCAAUGACUCCAAACAUCGAGGGACUGACCGUCAACCGACAACAUGACGCUUCAACUUCAUUCGUCAAUGACUCCAAACAUCGAGGGACUGACCAUCAACUGACAACAUGACGCUUCAACUUCAUUCGUCAAUGACUCCAAACAUCGAGGGACUGACCGUCAACUGACAACAUGACGCUUCAACUUCAUUCGUCAAUGACUCCAAACAUCGAGGGACUGACCGUCAACUGACAACAUGACGCUUCAACUUCAUUCGUCAAUGACUCCAAACAUCGAGGGACUGACCGUCAACUGACAACAUGACGCUUCAACUUCAUUCGUCAAUGACUCCAAACAUCGAGGGACUGACCGUCAACUGACAACAUGACGCUUCAACUUCAUUCGUCAAUGACUCCAAACAUCGAGGGACUGACCGUCAGCUGAGAGCCAAUGAGAUGUGAAACUUGUAGCAAAGCAUCAGAAAUGUCAUGUGACUAUUUUAAAGAACUGUUCUUUUUUGUCCAGAAGCUGCAGGAGAACAUUCAUGUUGGUGUAGAUUUGUUGACGUUUGUUUGUUUGUGUUUGUGUUGGUAAACAGAUUCAGCUCUCAGGGAUUAAAAUGUCACAGAUAUUAUUUAUCAGUUCUGUUCAUAAGUUUAUAUCUAUGUUUUAUUUAUUCAUGUCUUACAUGAUACAGAGUGAGUACAUGUUGAGGCUUAUUGAUCAAAGAUCUGAUCGGUUAUCAGUUUGUUUAGAAAUAUUAACAACAAAUAUAUUCUGAAUGUAUUUUAAAUGUAGUCAAAUAUAACAAUGAAUAAAGGAUUGUUUCAUAGA